AUUAAGAGACUCCAGACUUGCCACUGAGUCGCUGCAGCCUUGUUGCUUUUAAAACUUUGUCAAAUCCAUAUUUACUGUUUACAGCUACUGAUUUACAUUUACAGUAAUUAUAAUACUUAGAUUGUUGUUUGCAUUUUAUAGCUGGAUGUUAUAUCUCGUUUUGCAGCGGAAUCAUUUAAUCGGGAAUGGUUCUGUUACGCUGUUUGCGUUAACAGUGUAAACCUGUUUUUACGGUUAAAUCCUACCGAUCUCGUGAUUCUUGAUGAUAUCCAGGGGGUACUGAACCUCCAAGGUCCUGCUGGCGCUAUCCAUCGUUCCAUCCACAAUGUCCUCUUCGGGAUCCGCGUCAGCCUCGCUGAAUCUAACACCCCAGCUAAGCAGCGCAGCAGGCAGCAGCACAGCUUCACCUGGCUACAAACCGCCCGUCGCGGGACGCCAAAUGGCUGCCAUUCACAAUGCCAAUGGUUCCUUCCCCACCCAGCCUCUCAUGGCGGCCGCUGCGGCACAUAAUGAUCAUCCUCAUUAUCCUGCCCCUGCAUUGGGGCCAGUGGCAGCCAGCAGUGUGGAGCCCCGCGCCGCUGGCUCCGCAUUCCCCAUUUCCAGUGGAGCACAAGCGCCGUACGCGAUGCCGUCGUCGCAGACACGCGUCACCUCGUCAUCUGCGGUGCCGCAUCCGGACGGCAGCUUCACAUCAUCCAUAACGAUGAUCCCGUCGACCAGCGGGGUGGGACCGCACGACAAGGACAGCAGCAGCUUCCGCGGCACGGAGCCGGCUGUAAUGGAAAGCAGCCAGGAGCAUGCGGAGGAAUCCGAUGCGAAAUCGCAUAGUGAUUCCGAGGAGUCAUCGUCCGACGAAAAAGACUCAGAGGCCGACGAGCACGAUGUGGGGGAGACGCAGUCGGCCAUCUCCAAGGUGUCCAACAGGAGCUCGCCAUCGGUCUUAAGCGCAACGAUACACCAGUGGCCGGGUUAUGAAGAGGAAAGUCAUGGUUUACUGGAUAAUAAUGAAGAAGUGUCGGAGGAUUCGGAGAAUGAGGAUCCGGAAGAUCCCUGGCGUAUUCAGCCGGAGCAGCGGGCGUGGUAUUUGAGUUUGUUUUUGCGAUUGCAACCAGAUGUGCGCGGAUACGUCGAAGGGAAAGAUGCGCGCGUUUUCUUCGAAAAUUCGCAGUUGCCUUUACAGGAUUUAGGAGAGAUUUGGAAUAUUAGUGAUGUGGAUCGCGAUGGCCGCUUGACAUUGUCGGAGUUCUGUUACGCCAUGCAUCUGAGCGUGGCUCGUCGUCAUGGGAUGAGUUUGCCGCCGCAUCUGCCAGUGUCAUUGCGAGCGUCGACCAAAUUGGUGGUUAAGGCAUCACAACAGUCGGCGCCCUCUUCCAUUCCAGCUGGUGACAAUUUGCACCAACCUGAGUGGACCAAAUUUAGUGAAUCGCCCCGGAAUCAUAAUCGUGGUCCAGUGCAGUUUCGAGCCUCGCUCGAUACGGACAAAAAUCUUCCCCAUCCCGUGGCCGUGAAACCAUCCCCACGAUCGACUCUGACGACUUCCAAUACGAAAGCCGCUGUUCGGGAUGCACGUUCAUUCUCUGCCGGCACCGUGGCCAUGCCCAAUAGUCUCAGCCUUAUGGCGCCCACAUCCGCCGCGAACAGCAUCGUUACUAGUGGCACCGUGCAAGCCCAGCCGGCCGCCACUAACUCUGUUAUCGCUCCUCCUCCGCCUCCACGUUCCUGGCAUUCCCGCAGCGCUUCGCUGGAUCUUCAAGGCCAGCCGCAGCCGAAUUCGGCGGCGAAACAUUCUCCCGGCGGACUGCUGCACCAAACAUCCCUCGUCACGGGAGGCAAUCCGCCGCCCCAGCUGCCUCCUCGAAGCUCGCCGAUUUUGUCCCGACGGUUGGACAGUGCAACUAGUGAAUCCGAAAACGAGUCCCGGCACCCUGCAUCGCAUGUCCCGCCGGUUGACGUAAAACCGGAAAAGCCUCCGCGAGUAAUAAAAACGCCUGCAAAGAAUGUGUCCUUUGCACCUGCAUGGAACGGAGCUAAUUUGACACACGACAGCGUAAACAUUGGUUUGGACUUCGCGGUCGCACCCAACUGGGAAUUUGCCGCCGCAAAUAUUCCCACAGUUGCGGAUGUUGAGAGGAUGUCCGGCGCGGAAGUUGUAGAACUGGUGCAGCGCAUGAAGAUAGCCAUUGAAGGUUUAACCGCACAGAAUGCUGACUUGCAGCACCAGUUAACCGAUGUUGUACUAAAGAAGCGUACCGCGGAGGCCCAGUUAGCGGCUGACCGGAAACUCCAGUAGACUGCCAGUUUAUCUGUUUACUGAACGCAUCUAUCUUUAUCCCGUUGAGUUACAUUGGCGGAGAAAUGCAUAGGCGUACAGGUGGAAUGUGAUCGGUUGUGAAUAAGGCUCGCAAUAGUGUUAUGCCGUUGAGCGUUUUUAAUUGUGUGAAUUAUUGGGUGGAUGUUGGGCUGGCGUCGAGCUAAUCCGUCGAUGUGUUCUGUUAGAAGUCCGUUUUUUGUGUAGCGGGAUGUGGUUGAGAUGGUUUUGCAGGAUUCGGCUGAUCUAGAGUGCAUCGAAGUUUCCUUUUCUUUCUCUUUUUCAUUCUGUAUCGGACUUACUAAGCUUUUGGCCAAGUGUACUUAUGAAGCAGCUUUAAAAUUAAUGUUGUGUGAAAUCGAGGUAUUCGUAUGAUAACUCAUCGAGCCGGCAGCUUUUCGUGCAUGCUUGUGACGUUAUGGCAAAUAAAACAUGUCAAUUAUG